AUGGCAAGUGGCAGCCAGAAACCGAUAAUCCAAUUAACUGGAUUUAAAAAACGAGAGAAGAAGGCACUGCUGGAAUGGCUGUUCAGACUGGACUGUGUUUUUUUAGAUAACAAGAAAUACAGAAAUUGUACACAUCUGAUAGCAAAAAAGCUGUGCAAGAGUGAAAAGUUCUUAGCUGCCUGUGCUGCUGGAAAGUGGAUACUAACUGAGGAGUACGUAAUUAAUAGUGCCGAAAGCGGCAGAUGGCUUGAUGAAACAACGUACGAAUGGGGAUAUGAAAUUGAAAAAGACACCCAUUAUUCACCUCAAAUGCAAUCUGCACCUAAAAGAUGGCGCGAAGAACUGACACGCUCUAGUGCUCCAGGGGCCUUCCACAGAUGGAAAGUUGUCCUCCCUGUUAAGGAAGGUGAUAAACGAAUGGCGUCUAUUAGAAGAGUUCUUCAGGCUGGAAAGGCAACCAUAUGUUCAUCUCAAAAUGCAGAGCGCAAUAUAACUCAUGUAUUCAUCAUCAAUAAAAUUGUUCCUAUGCAAAACAAAAAAUGUCUCUCUGAAGCUCGAUACUACCCUUUGCAAUAUCUGGGAGAUUACCUUUUUGAGAAUAAAAUGAAAAAUAUUGAAGAUAUCCAAAUGAAUCAUUUCGUGGCUGCACAAGAAACGGACCAAAUCAUGUCUAACAUGCAGCUUGCUGAAAUGAAAAAUGCUGUUAUAAAACAUAUGUAUUUUGCUGCGGCUUUUAAGCACAGGUGUGCUCAAAAAGACCAGCUGAAUAAAUCCUAUCCAGAGGUUAAAAAACUGUCCAGAGGCACAUGGUAUAUACUUGAAGGAUUAGUGGAAGAGUAUUUAUUUCCAGAUGUAAUCACAGAACUUGCUGCUGGUCAAAAGUAUUCUACACCUCCUGUGCAACUUCUUCAUUCUCUUCUAGAAUAUGUCCUAUUGGGAAAUAGCGAUGCAGUAUUUUAUGCGAAACUUCAUCACAUUUUGUACCUUGUUCUCCAACGUGAUCCUCCGUGGAAGUCCCCAUCUAUGUUAAAGUAUUAUUUGGAUCUUCUUCAGUGUCCUAUCUGUAAGAAAGGCACAUGGUCCUUGAUAGAGAUGCUUGUAAGGUCUUGCCUUUAUUGCCAAACCAUUUGUCAUACAGUCCCAGUUUCAGGGAGAGGAGAUGAACAGAGGAUAGUUCACAAAACAUUAUUGAAGUUUUUCUUUGAUUUAGUAAAAGCUGAAGUAGAGUUUCUGACAAUGAGUUUGGUUGAAGGGACCAAUUCACAGCAUCAGCAAGUCAUGCCACAGACAGUUCUUCUGAAGACCUUUUGGGUGGGAAGUGAAACCUCAGUGCUUUUUACCAAACACAUAAAUAUUCUAGCAGAUUGGGUCAUACUUUCCCAUAGAGAAUUGAACAGAAAAAAUGAUGCUUUCAGAUGUGAAAUAGCUGGUCUGUUAAAUGCAAUUCUUGGAACUGUAGUGGAAUACUGGAUCAUCUCAAGUUUGCUUUUGGACAGAAAUGUGUUUCAUCAAAUAGCUGAUGAUUUGGCACAUUACCUUGCCAUUUCAUGUGAUGAUUUUUCGAUACAUGAAUUAAAACUGUUCAUUUGUUCCAUAUCAUCCCUCUGGCUUCAAAUGUUUGUCGCAGAAGCAGUUUUUAAAAAAAUGUGUUUACAGAGGAAUAUAACCAUUUCUACAGAACCUCUUUCUCUUCAGAAAAUAGUCUGUUCUUAUUUGCCUGCUUUGCGAGAGGUAGGGAUGCACAAGACAAGAAAGAUACACAAAGCAAAGAAAAAGAAAACAGGGCAACGGCCAUGCCCUGAGUCUCAAAGGGCAUUACAGAUGCUAAAUGGCGAUAAGCAGAACCAAGUCAAAGUGCUGCCUGAUCUACCUGACUUAAUCUUUAAUAAGUGCCCUCCAUUGACAAAGAAGCUUAGAGCAAAAGCAGAAGUUGAGGCUUCAUACACCAAAGAGAAUUGCUACCUUUUGGCUGAAGAGGUACAUUUUUACAGGAGAAAUACUAAAGGAGAGACAGCCCUGCAUAAAGCUUGCAUAAGUAACAAAGUGGAGAGAUUGAUUCAGCUUCUCUCUUCCCCUGGAACAGACAUUAAUGCUAAAGACUAUGCUGGCUGGACGCCUUUGCAUGAAGCCUGUAACCAUGGCAGCACAGUGUGUGUCCGUGAAAUUUUGCAACGUUGUCCAGAGGUAGACCUGCUCAGUCAAGUGGACGGGGUGACUCCUUUGCAUGAUGCACUGUCAAAUGGACAUGUAGAAAUUGGCAAGCUGCUACUUCAGCAUGGGGGUGAGUGCAUUUAUGCUAAACUGGUUUAG